CUAAACGGUCGGCUAGAUGGUCUGGGUGGUGAUAGCUGAAGAAAGCGUUCAGACGAUAAUAGAAGGAUUGUGUAACAAAUGUAAACUACAACUUGGUUUGCUAAUAGGACAGAAUUCGCAGCAGAAAACCUUUGUGGUGACUGCAGUAGCAACAGCGGUCCAAGAAAACGGAAAUGAAGGAGAUCUAGAGAUAGAUGAAGCUUGGGUAGUUGAACACGCCAGACAGGUUGCACGGAUGCUUCCUGGAGGCUUGGAUAUCAUUGGAGUAUUUCUUAUUUCAUCUUCUGAAUCUAUGACACAAUAUCAGAGUCAGCUUCGCAGUGUUAUGCACAAGAUAUGUAGGAUCUGCCAAAUGUAUGACCAACUAGCUAGUGUGGUUCCAGCUAGUACUCAGUCGCUUGAAAGAGUGUCGUUAGAAAUUUCUACAAUUACAAGAAAAUACACAUGCAGGGUUCUUGAUAUUUCUGAUCAUAAGGCAUCUUCACGAUCUGCCGACAUGAAAUUUCAGUCUUUUGUGUCUAAGUGGCACACCAUGUCUUGCCAAGUUGCAUUUGACUGGACGUCGUAUUUGCCAACAGUUGAUAAAUCUUUGAUUGCAAGCAGACAUCUUCAUAAUUAUAUUAGAAAUCAUUUGGAAACUUUUGGCAGAGCUGUCUUUCUGUGUGAUGGAGAACUAAGAGAUGAAGCUGAUCAACUAGAGAAGUCUCAAGUUGGAAAGUCUCAAAAGGUUCGUGCAAUAGGCAAGAAAACACACCACGUGGAAUUCUUUACAGAUAAUACUGAUGUUACUAUGCCUUCUAUAUCAACUGAAAAUUCAGAGAUGUGCUUACGUUUUCAAGGAAAUAUUCAAGGAUUGGCAUAUGUUCACUCCAAGGCAACAGUCGGAAAUGCAGUGUGUCUUCUUAGGUCAGAUAUUGUCAGAAGUGUAUUGGCACGCUGUGAUGUUAUGUCAGAUGAUUUGAUCAAUCAGUUUGUGGGAGAUGAAAGUUUGGCAAGCCAAAAGAAACAAAGUGAAAUGGGAUCACGAGUUGUGCCAAGAAGAGUACUUUUUCCAGUGUGCCACGAAAUCACAUUCUGUGACUAUGCAUUUCAAGAUGAAAGCCCACAGGAUGUUUGCGAGCGAUUGAAAGACAUUUUGGGUCUGGAGAUUACUGCAGACAAUCUACAGUUUUGUGAGGACAUUCCCGACAUUGAGACAAAAAGUGCUGUUCAUUCAGUUGUUGAAUCAGUUGGUGUAACUAGCAAGUUGCCAAGCACACAAUGGAAUUCGAGCAAUCGAUUCUGGUUUCUGGUCGUGUCAUUUGCAAUGGCAUGUGUAGCUGUUGUCAUCUAUUUGCAGUCAACUUGAACACUGACCGUUAUAAGGGCAUAAAAUAUAGAUCUCUCGACGUGAUGCGAUAUAUUGCCAUAUUAUUCCUGUGCCAGUGAUUGAUCUAAUACAUCUUCUGCCUCUUUUAUUUUUUCCAUCAACAGAUCCGGUGAAAC